CUCUGAAGGCCCUCUCGAACAAAGACGCCAAAGACGAAGACCGCUGUGAUUUGAAGCGAGGGGGUGAGGUGCGAAGGCGUGACAGGCAGGUGAGGGAGUGCAAGCAGCGAGAAGGCAGGCAGCAAGCAAGCAGACACGCUACUAGCAGGUUUCAUUCCUCGCGCGCACAGACGAAGAAGUCGGUGAAGAGAGAGGGAAGCACGGCAAGGACUGCGAUUCCAAGCAAGGGAGCAGGUCGCGCACACAACACAACACCCACGCACCCACGCACGCACCGACAUCCAACACACCCGGACGGCACGAUGUCGGACCUUCCUGUGUUCUCACAGAAGAGCAUGUCGAGCCCCGGCAUGAAGGUUGGCGGACGAUCGGAGGUGGCCGUUGGGCUGCGCGUGUAUGGCGGCUCCGCCCUGCUCAGCCCUGGCGCCGAGUACAAGAGCAUCCUCGCCCGCGAAGACACAACCGCCUCGGAGGUCAUUGCCCAGGUGCUGGAGCGAUAUGGUGAGCCGAGCGAUCCGUCUGAAUUUGAGCUGCGCUCCAUCCUCGUUGACGAGAAGACUGGCAAGGUCAAGCGGCAAGGAUCCCUAUCCAAAAUCUUUGGCAGUCGAACAGAACAUACCAUUACUCUUGAGCCGGAUGUGUGCCCCGUAUUGUUUGCAGACUGGUACGGCGAGGAGAACAGAAGAUUUGAGCUCCACCGCAAGCCCGUGCACCCCACACUCAACGAGAGCGGCCAUGGCAGCGGCACCGCCAACGCCAACGGCAGCGGCAGCCCCGUGCGUCGGCAAGGCUCGUCCCUCUUCCGCUCGUUCCGCCGCCGCACACGCACGUCUGCGCCGUCGUUCAACGCCCACCGCGAGCUCAUGACGUCCACGCGGCGUGGGCGGUCCGAGGCCGCGCUCACAGCGACCAACGCCAGCGCAAAGGCGAAUAGCACCAGCUUCAGCGGUAACAGUGGCAAUGGGCACACGGGCACACGCAGCGUGCCUGGCAGCAGCAGUGGCAGCACGGUGAGCUUCAACCACCACACGCUGCCCGGCCACGGCCACAGUGAGGGGGUCGCAACCUUCUCCUCCUCCUCGUCGUCGACAACAGCCGGAGGGACGCGGGACAAGCUGCUGGCCCCGCUGCCAAGCAUUGAUGCGAGCGAGGCCGAGGCGAUGAUGGCGAUGAUGGGGAGCGAUGCGGGCUCGUCGACCGUCGCCGAUGUCGGUGACAUGGCGGAUAUGGGCAGCGUUGCCAGCAGCAGCGGCGGCGGCGGUGUGUUCAGUCCUGGAAGCAGCGCUGUUGGUGGUGUUGGUGGUGGUGGUGGGUUCUACACCUCUGCUCGCAGCGAUGUUGGCGGUGUUGGCGGUCGUGUGCGUGGUCGUGGUCAUGGCGGUGGUAAUGGUGUUGCCCGCUCACCGCGACGCGUCCCACACUCGCGUUACGAAUCAACCGUGUAGUGUAGUCUGAUGUGUGUGUGUGUGUGUGUGUGUUUGUGGUUGUGUGUCUGUGUGUAUGUGUCUGUGUCUGUGUCUGUGUCUGUGUCUGUGUCUGUGUGUCUGUGUGUCUGUGUCGCACCACGACCUUGCGUGUACGUGCAGCACUGUACCUCUGUUCGUGUUCUGUUGCAUGCAUGAUCACAUCAAUUAGGAAUUCCUAUUCGGGGUUGCGCGCUGCUAGCGCCUGUUUGUAUCGACUCUCCCCCCCCCCGCCCUGCUUAUCAUCCCCUCCCCUCCCUCCUUGUUCACGACGACACUGUACAUACAUACCACCAACGCCAAC